AUGGAGCUCGCGUGGGUGUUGGCGCUGCUGCUGGUGCUGGCAGGCGCCGGCUACAUGUACAUGCAGCAGCAAGAAGAGGCCAAGAAGCAGGCGCAGAAGCUCCAGAAGGAGAAAGAGGAGCUGGCUCGCCAGCAGUUCCACGCGCUCAACAGCAAGAAGCCCAAGAGCAAGGCCAAGGGCAAGAAGGUGGACAUGACGGCCGAGCUCAAGAAGAAGAGUCAGGCGGCGGCCGCGCAGGACGCGAACGACGAACACUCGAGCAUCCUGCACGUGCUCAAAGGCCACAAGUACGGCAUCACGGCGGCGGCUUACAGCCCCAACGGCCGCUUCCUGGCCACGGCCAGCUCGGAUCGCUCCAUCCGCUUCUACUUCCGCGAAAUGCUCAAGGACAAGAACCCCAAGGUGCACCAGAUCAACAUGGAGUACGAUCACGUCACGGCCAUGAGCUUCAGCUCGGAUGGACGCAGUCUGGUGGUUGCCACUGAGAACGGCACGGUCAAGGUUUACCAGAAACUUCGGGCCAAACCCGAGAUUGUCGCGGACUUCCCAGUUUCGCACAAGACGGAUGUGCACUCGGUGCUUAUGAAUGACAUUGGCAACUGGGCAACGAUUAUCACAUGUUCGGGUGAUUCGGACACGGACGUCAAGUUCUGGAACUUGAGUGGCGAGCUGCUGCAAACGGUGAACACGAACCAGGUUGCCAACUACCACUGCGUUGGGUCGAAGGACAACCGAUACAUUGCUGUGGCAGCGUACACGCCGGAGGUCAAGAUCUAUGAAAUUGCGCGUGAGAAGAACGGCGCCUUCAAGAAGGUUAACAAGGUCAUGACCCUGCAAGGACACCGGACUGGCGUGAUGGACCUAGCGUUCGACGGCUCGGACAAGCUUCCGGUCAACCGCGUUGUGACUAUUUCCAAGGACGCUUCGAUUCGUCUCUGGGAUAUCAACGUCCGGUACACUGUGCAAGAGGACCCGAAGGUUAUGUCGUCUUUCAAUGCGAGCGGAGAGCAGCCGUUCCAGGCUGUCGACUUUGCACCCAACGGAAAGAUGCUGGCGAUGGUGCGUGGCAACGAUCUCGUGUUUGUUCGGACCAGCGACAACAACGAGUUCUUCACAAUCACCGACGCGCUCGAAGAUCCCGUCAAGCGCGCCGUGUUUUCGCCUGACGGCUCGGAGGUGCUUGUGCUGGGGAAGAGCGCCAAGCAAGUCAAGAUUUACAAAACACCAGAACUGUAG